AUGCGUUUUCUAACAAACAUAAAUAAUAACAAUAACAACGUAAACUCGAACUCAUCAUAUGAUUCGAGUAAUUUAUUAAUUUACAAAUAUACAAGAAGUUUUAAUAUAACAUUUAAGAAAGAUAUAAAAUUUAUUCAGAUUUUAUUCCCUUCAUUUACGAUUUUUUGUGUUACCUUUUUUUUUUCGUUACUUCUAUAUUUAUGCUUCUUCUGUUUGGAGGCAUUUUAUUUUAACAGGAAAAACCCGCUGUUUAUAGAUGAAGAUGUAUUAAAACGUUUUGGGCUGAACAGAUUUUAUAUUUCAAAUAAUUACCAGUACUACAAGUUAAUAACUGCUACUCUUUUUCAUUCGAGCAUAUGGAACUUAAUAAUUAACACAUAUUAUUUAAUGAACAUUGGAAUAGUAGUAGAAAAGAGCUAUGGGAAAGUACAGUAUAUAAUGAUUAUGUUACUAAGUACGUUGUGCGGACACUUGUUAAUGCUUGCAACCUCACCAUGCGCAGAUGUGCAUAUGGGAAUCACUGCAAUUCUCUCAGGAUUUAUGGGUUUGUUUCUUCAAGAAGUUGUAACAAAUUAUAAGCAACUGACUGAUAAGUGGGACGUCAUUGGAAGUUUCAUAUUUGCAGUAUUGUCCCUUUAUUUGACCAUAUCAAUGUUUGCCUAUAAUGGAAAUUUUGUUGGAAAUAUAGGAGGAAUAUUUGGAGGGUUUAGUUAUCCUUACAUUUUUAAUAAGGAAUCAUUUAACGGGCCGCAGAAAAAUGUAAAAAUUACCUUUGUAACAUUAACGCUUUUGUUAAUAAUUGGUACAUUUAUUAGUUUAAUAUUUGUUAAAUGUUAG